AUGGAUUUCGUCGACCGGUCUUAUGAGUUAGAUUCCUCUGCUCCAGCCGCUGGUCACUCCAACCUAAGAGACAGUCCAGGUGACAUGAAGCAUCGUCUGGCGGCAGAACUUCAACUCUCAGAUAGUGAGGGUGAGCAGCAAACUGGAGUAGACGAAGAGGAUGUGGAGGAAGAAGAGGAAGAGGAAGAGGAAGAAGAGGAAUUUGGUAAUCAAGAUGACCACGAAGAUGAGGAAGUGAAUGAUGACAGUUACUCUGGUCCUCUCAGGGCAGAGUUGGAUGUCUAUGUGUCCAGUAACAGCCUUCAUGGCCUGGAGGAUCCUGGAGACCUUUGUCAAACAGUCGAUGCUCUUUUAAAGGAUGAAUCCAUGCAAACUGGAUCUAGACGAACCCUAAACCUUGGGCUGACUUGUGCUGAGAAUAUUGGCCACAUUAGUAACGACAUUGGUGACGGAGGGCUAGGAGAUGGGGUGCUUCUGUUAGAAGACGUACCUGGUGACGAAGACGACGUCGCCAAUGAGGGUGAUGCUGACGAUCUUAUGGCACAAGGCGGCGAAUUGUUGGACGACGAAUCGUUAUUAAUGCUGCCCGGAUCCGGGCAAGAGGAGCUCGACCAUCAUGAUCAUCUUCAUCAGCUUUCACUGGAAGCGGACAUUCAUCGCAAUCAGCUUGGCUGCCACAGUGAGCCAGAUGUAAUUUAUGCGAUACGUGAGGAGGUGGUGAGUGGUGUUGAUGAGAACGAUGAGAUGGUACUACUAGGUCCUUCAGAAGACGUCAUGCAGGCUAGGAGGCGAAAUAGUCAUGGCGUCACGCGACUUCCUGGUGCCGAUGGCUAUGGAGGUGAGGAAUCGAACUCUCAGCAUUCCUUUGAUAUAAGGUGUUCAGAGGAGAUGGAAGAAAUCGAUGGUGUAGAAGAGGAAGAAGCAUCUGACUUUACUUCUUACGACACAUAG